UUCCGGCGUGUGGGCGCGCGGCUUGAUUCGCUCGGUUUGGCUGGGUCUGUUGGCUUCGCUGGCGCCGGGGCCGCCGCCGUUUGGGAAAUGGCGGGUCUCUCUGCUAUGGAAAAGAAAUUGGCUGAGUACAAGUGUAAUACAAAUGAAGCAAUUCAUCUAAAAUUAGUCCGCUUCCCAGAGGAUUUGGAAGAUGAUAAUACAACAUUUCAUCCGGAGUUCAGCCAUCAAGUCUUUGGGGAUGAUGAGGUUGCCUUUGGUUACAAGGGACUGAAGAUUCUUUUGUACUACGUCGCUGGUAACUUGUCAACACUCUUUCGCAUUGAUUAUACAUCAAAAGUUAAUGAGAAUUUUGAGUGUGUGGAGGCAGAUGAUGUGGAAAGUAAAAUUAGAGAAAUUAUUCCACCAGGCUUUAGCAGAAGUGUAGAUGACUUUGUAUCUUUGCUGGAAAAAGAAGUUAACUUUAAGCCAUUUGGGAUAUUAUUGCAUACAUAUUCUUUGCAUAAUGAAGAAGCAGGUGAAGACAUAACAUAUCAAAUAUACAAGGCUGACAUGACAUGCCCAGGCUUUCGAGAGUAUCAUGAAAGGCUUCAGACCUUCUUGAUGUGGUUUAUUGAAACAGCGAGCUUUAUUGACGUGGAUGAUGAAAGAUGGAACUACUUUCUAGUAUUUGAGAAGUAUAAUAAGGACGGAGCGACACUCUCUGCGACUGUAGGCUAUAUGACAGUCUAUAAUUACUAUGUGUACCCAGACAAAACCCGGCCACGUGUAAGCCAAAUGCUGAUAUUGCCUCCAUUCCAAGGAGAAGGCCACGGAGCUCGGCUAUUAGAAACUGUCCAUAGAUACUACAUGUCAUCUCCUACAGUGCUUGAUAUAACAGCUGAAGAUCCAUCUGAAAGCUACGUGAAAUUACGAGAUUUUGUAUUAGUAAAAUUGUGUCAAGAUUUACCCUGCUUUUCUCCAGAGAAUCUUAAGCAAGGCUUCACUCAAGAUAUGGUAAUAGAAGCUCAACAGAAGCUGAAAGUAAAUAAGCAACAUACACGGCGAGUUUAUGAAAUUCUCCGGUUACAUGCAACAGACAUGAGUAAUGCAGAACAAUCCAGAAGUUAUAGAUUGGAUGUAAAAAGAAGAUUGAUGGGCCCAUAUAAGAAAAAGCAGAGAGAGAUUGCCAAGAUGAGAAGAUGUUUAAGACCAGAAGAGUUGACCAAUCAGUUGAACCAAAUAGACAUAAAUUUACAACAUAAACAAUUGGAAGAGACGUUCCAGCAACUUAUUUCAGAUUAUCGACGAGUCCUAGAACGACUUGCUCAGUCCUGAGGAUUCUCUAUAAGAAACAUGCAAACUUCUGCCUAUUGCAUUGUGAAAUAUAUUCAUGAUCACUGCUCCACUGCAAAAUUUCAUGUGACAUUUUAAUCACUUUCGAAAUGACUGUGGUUUUCUGUAUUUUGGAUUUUUUAUAUUUUUGUGUUGUAGAUUCUAAAAAACCAGUACCUCGUCUGCUGGUACUUUGCUGAAAUAAAGAAAGUAGAUUACAAGC